GGAGGAGGUGUGUUUUUCCAGUUACAGAGCAGUGAUAACUGCCAGUGUCCCUUGGGAGUGAGGUACCAGGAGUUUGGGGACUCCACCUGUUGACAAUGACGGCAGACGAGCUGGUUUUCUUUGUGAAUGGCAAAAAGGUGGUGGAGAAAAAUGCAGAUCCGGAAACAACCCUUUUGGCCUACCUGAGAAGAAAGAUGGGGCUGAGCGGGACCAAGCUGGGCUGUGGAGAAGGGGGCUGUGGAGCUUGCACUGUGAUGGUUUCCAAGUAUGAUCGUCUCCAGAACAAGAUCGUUCAUUUUUCUGUCAAUGCCUGUCUGGCUCCCAUCUGCUCCUUGCACCACGUUGCUGUGACGACAGUGGAAGGGAUAGGAAGCACCAAGUCGAGGCUGCAUCCUGUGCAGGAGAGAAUUGCCAAAAGCCAUGGUUCCCAGUGUGGAUUCUGCACCCCUGGAAUUGUCAUGAGCAUGUACACGCUGCUCCGGAACCAGCCCGAGCCCACCAUUGAGGAGAUUGAGGAUGCUUUCCAAGGAAACCUGUGCCGCUGCACAGGCUACAGACCCAUCCUCCAGGGCUUCCGCACCUUUGCCGGGGAUGGUGGGUGCUGUGGAGGAAAUGCGGACAACCCAAACUGCUGCAUGAACCAGAAGAAAGAGCUCACACAGGUCACUCUCUCGCCAUCUUUAUUUAACCCAGAGGAGUUCAUGCCCUUGGAUCCCACCCAGGAGCCCAUCUUUCCCCCAGAGUUGCUGAGGCUGAAGGAUGCUCCUCUGAAGCAGCUGCGCUUUGAAGGGGAACGUGUGACCUGGAUCCAGGCCUCGACCCUGAAGGAGCUGCUGGACCUCAAAGCACAGCACCCUGAGGCCAAGCUGGUGGUGGGGAACACGGAGAUCGGCAUUGAGAUGAAGUUUAAGAACAGGCUGUUUCCUGUGAUCGUCUGCCCAGCCUGGAUCCCUGAGCUGAAUUUAGUGGAGCACGGACCAGAGGGUAUCUCCUUUGGAGCUGCUUGCCCCCUGAAUACUGUGGAAAAGACCCUGAAAGAUGCUAUUGCUGAGCUUCCUUAUUACAAAACAGAGGUGUUCAGAGGUGUCCUGGAGCAGCUGCGCUGGUUUGCUGGGAAGCAGGUCAAGUCUGUGGCGUCCAUUGGAGGGAACAUCAUCACUGCCAGCCCCAUCUCUGACCUCAACCCGGUGUUCAUGGCCAGCGGGGCCAAGCUGACCAUCGUGUCCACAGGCACCAGGAGAACUGUUCCGAUGGACCACACCUUCUUCCCUGGCUACAGAAAGACCCUGCUAGGUCCGAAGGAGAUACUGCUUUCCAUCGAGAUCCCCUACAGCAGGGAGGGCGAGUUUUUCUCAGCAUUUAAACAGGCCUCCCGGAGAGAAGAUGACAUAGCCAAGGUGACCAGCGGCAUGAGAGUCCUGUUCCAUCCAGGAACCACCCAGGUAAAGGAGCUGGCCCUUUGCUAUGGUGGAAUGGCCGACAGAACCAUCUCAGCCCUCAAGACCACUCGGAAGCAGCUGUCAAAUUUCUGGAAUGAGAAGCUGCUGCAGGAGGUGUGUGCAGGCCUGGCAGAGGAGCUGCAGCUGUCCCCCGACGCCCCCGGCGGCAUGGUGGAGUUCCGGCGCACUCUCACCCUCAGCUUCUUCUUCAAGUUCUACCUGACGGUGCUUCAGAAGCUGGGCAAAGAGGAACCGGAAGAUAAGUGUGGUAAACUGGACCCCACCUUUGCCAGUGCCACCUUACUCUUCCAGAAGGACCCUCCGGCCAAUGUCCAGCUCUUCCAGGAGGUGCCCAAGUGUCAGUCUGAGGAGGACACGGUGGGCCGGCCCCUGCCUCAUCUGGCUGCGGCCAUGCAGGCCUCCGGCGAGGCCGUGUACUGUGAUGACAUCCCUCGCUAUGAGAACGAGCUGUCCCUCCGGCUGGUCACCAGCACCCGGGCCCACGCCAAGAUCAAGUCCAUAGAUACCUCAGAAGCUCAGAAGGUGCCAGGGUUUGUUUGCUUUAUCUCCGCCGAUGAUAUUCCUGGGAGUAACCAAACUGGAAUUCAGAAUGAUGAAACCGUCUUUGCAAAGGAGGAGGUGACUUGUGUUGGGCACAUCAUUGGCGCUGUGGUCACUGACACCCCAGAACAUGCACAGAGAGCAGCUCAAGGAGUGAAAAUCACCUACGAAGACCUUCCAGCCAUCAUCACCAUUGAGGAUGCUAUAAAAAAUAACUCUUUUUAUGGAUCCGAGCUGAAGAUUGAGAAGGGAGACCUCAAAAAGGGGUUUUCGGAAGCAGACAACGUUGUUUCAGGUGAGUUGUACAUUGGUGGCCAAGAGCACUUCUACCUGGAGACUCACUGCACCAUCGCUGUUCCAAAAGGUGAGGCAGGGGAGAUGGAGCUCUUUGUGUCUACACAGAACACCAUGAAGACCCAGAGCUUUGUUGCAAGUAUGUUGGGAGUUCCAGAUAAUCGGAUUACAGUCAGAGUGAAGAGAAUGGGAGGAGGCUUUGGAGGGAAGGAGAGUCGGAGCACCUUGCUGUCUACUGCAGUGGCCCUGGCUGCAUACAAGACCGGCCGCCCUGUGCGCUGCAUGCUGGAUCGCGACGAGGACAUGCAGAUAUCUGGUGGCAGACAUCCCUUUUUGGCCAGAUACAAGGUUGGCUUCAUGAAGACAGGGAGGAUUGUGGCUCUGGAGGUGGACCACUACAGCAAUGCCGGGAACUCUAUGGAUCUCUCUCAGAGUAUAAUGGAGAGAGCUCUAUUCCAUAUGGACAACUGCUACAAUAUCCCCAACAUCCGGGGCACCGGGCGGGUGUGCAAGACCAACCUGCCUUCCAACACGGCCUUCCGGGGUUUCGGGGGGCCCCAGGGGAUGCUCAUUGCCGAGCAUUGGAUGAGUGACGUUGCAGUGACCUGCGGGCUGCCUGCCGAGGAAGUACGGAGGAAGAACAUGUACAAAGAAGGGGACCGGACGCAUUUCAACCAGAAGCUCGAGGGGUUCACCUUGACCAGGUGCUGGGAUGAAUGUCUCAAAAGCUCUCAGUAUCACUCUCGGAAGAGUGAGAUCGACAAGUUCAACAAGGAAAAUUGUUGGAAAAAGAGAGGAUUGUGCAUAAUUCCUACCAAGUUUGGAAUAAGCUUCACUCUUUCUUUUCUGAAUCAGGCAGGAGCCCUGAUUCACGUGUACACAGACGGCUCUGUGCUGCUGACCCAUGGGGGCACAGAGAUGGGCCAAGGCCUUCACACCAAGAUGGUCCAGGUGGCCAGCAAAGCUCUGAAAAUCCCCAUCUCUAAGAUCUACAUCAGUGAGACAAGCACUAGUACAGUGCCCAACACCUCUCCCACGGCUGCCUCUGUCAGCAGUGACAUCAAUGGACAGGCCGUCUAUGCAGCUUGUCAGACCAUCCUGAAAAGGUUGGAACCCUUCAAGAAAAAGAAUCCCUGUGGCUCCUGGGAAGACUGGGUCUGUGCCGCCUACCAGGAUGCAGUGAGCUUGUCCGCUACUGGGUUUUAUAAAACACCCAACCUUGGCUACAGCUUUGAGACCAACUCAGGGAACCCCUUCCACUACUUCACCUAUGGGGUGGCUUGCUCUGAAGUGGAAAUUGACUGCCUAACAGGGGAUCAUAAGAACAUUCGCACCGACAUUGUCAUGGAUGUUGGCUCCAGUCUGAACCCUGCCAUCGAUAUUGGACAGGUGGAAGGGGCCUUUGUCCAGGGCCUGGGCCUCUUCACCAUAGAGGAGCUGCAUUACUCCCCCGAGGGGGUCCUGCACACCCGUGGCCCCAGCACCUACAAGAUCCCUGCAUUUGGCAGCAUCCCCACUGAGUUCAGGGUGUCCCUGCUCCGUGACUGUCCCAACAAGAAGGCCAUCUAUGCAUCCAAGGCUGUCGGGGAGCCCCCUCUUUUCCUGGCAGCCUCCAUCUUCUUUGCCAUCAAGGAUGCCAUCCGUGCGGCUCGCGCUCAGCAUGCAGGUAAUGCAAAGGAGCUUUUCCGGCUAGACAGCCCUGCCACCGCCGAGAAGAUCCGCAAUGCCUGCGUGGACAAGUUCACCACCCUGUGUGUCACUGGCGUACCAGAAAACUGUAAACCCUGGUCGGUGAGGGUCUGAAGAGAACGCCCCCAGCAAACUCGUCUUCUGCUACACGGGGGCUUCCAUGGAGCAUGGAACGUGAAUCUGUCCAAGUGGCAGGAUGACAAUGCUGUGUUUCAUCUGAAUGGUGUUUGGAAGAAUACUGAAUGCAUUAGAAGAUUUUGAUCAAAAACGUGAUUUGCAAAUAUAAUGAUAAGCAAAUUCCGAACUGUUAGGCCCAAGACCGAAGUGGCUAAUAUGCAAUUAAGGGUCAUUUCAUGUCUGUUUUAAUCAUGUAUAUGCUUAAAUCAAUUUAGGAAGUGUUUGUGCUGUGUCCCCACUCACAAGACAGGCUGUGUCACCUCAAGCGUCUGCCCUUCAAAGAGGAAUUCCACAAACCUCCAGAAGCUUAAACCAGUUAUUUAAAUCCAUGUGCCUUACUCAAAGCCUUUCCUUCAAACCAAUGAACGUCAUGUUGAAACUUCAGACCCUACUCAGUUUUGCAGUGGGACAGUGGGGUGAGAUUCAAGCCUCUAACAACAUUUGGCUCGUUGGAGAAAAUAAAGAUCAAAAGAAAUUCAGUUAAUUGGAUCUAAUUUUGUUAAGCUGCAUAAAGUAAGAUUACUCCAUAACACAAAAACCAACAAACCCAAUUAUUGAGCACCUGCAAUGUGCUAGGUUUCUUCUCUUCCCCUUUGCAUAUGCCAAAAAAACACACA